GACUCGCGGAGCAACAUGGCUGCGCCCGCGCUAGGGCCUGCUCGCAGACGCCGUGUCCGUCUCGGCGGCGUCUUCUUGCUGUCGCUGCUCUCGCUGGGGUGCGGGACGGCGGGGGACGAAGAGGCCGGGUCCGGGGAAGACGCAGGGCCCCGCGCGGGCUCGUGCGGCUGCGGCUCGCCCCAGCGGCCCGGCGGCUCGGCGGCCGCGCACCGGUACUCCAGGGAGGCGAACGCCCCGGGCCUGGCCCCGGCCUCCGGACCGCGACCGUUCGCGCUCGCCAAGAUGGUCCCCAUUCCUGCCGGCGUGUUCACAAUGGGCACAGAUGAUCCCCAGAUCAAGCAGGAUGGGGAAGCACCUGCGAGGAGAGUCACUGUUGAUGCCUUCUACAUGGAUGCCUAUGAAGUCAGCAAUGCCGCAUUUGAGAAGUUUGUGAACUCAACUGGCUAUGUGACAGAGGCUGAGAAGUUUGGCGACUCCUUUGUCUUUGAAGGCAUAUUGAGUGAGCAAGUGAAGACUGAUAUCCACCAGGCAGUUGCAGCUGCUCCAUGGUGGUUACCUGUCAAAGGUGCUAACUGGAGACACCCAGAGGGGCCUGACUCCACUAUUCUGCACAGGCAGGAUCAUCCUGUUCUCCAUGUCUCCUGGAAUGAUGCGGUUGCCUAUUGUGCGUGGGCGGGGAAGCGGUUGCCCACGGAGGCCGAGUGGGAGUACAGCUGUCGUGGAGGCCUGCAAAAUAGGCUUUUCCCCUGGGGCAACAAGCUGCAGCCCAAAGGCCAGCACUAUGCCAACAUUUGGCAGGGCGAGUUUCCUGUGACCAACACCGGGGAAGAUGGCUUCCAAGGAACUGCACCUGUUGAUGCCUUUCCUCCCAAUGGUUAUGGCUUAUACAACAUAGUGGGGAAUGCAUGGGAAUGGACCUCAGACUGGUGGACCAUUCACCAUUCUGUUGAAGAAACAUUCAACCCAAAAGGCCCCCCUUCUGGGAAAGACCGUGUGAAAAAAGGUGGAUCCUACAUGUGCCAUAAGUCCUACUGCUAUAGGUAUCGCUGUGCUGCGAGAAGCCAGAAUACACCUGAUAGCUCUGCAUCAAACCUGGGAUUCCGCUGUGCAGCUGACCACCUGCCAACCAUGGACUGACAGCUAAGAAGAACCUUUCCCAAUCCAAGAAGUUAUUUCUAACUGCUGGUUAGCUUUCCUCCAAACUCUGAAAUGAUCUUGUGCAAAGAAAUCCCACAUGACAUGUGGUACACCUCUGCCCAGUGACCAAAAGAACAAUCUGCAUGACAAAUCACUGACUUAUGUCAGUGCAUGUGCUUGAUUUUGGGGUACAUUUUUGAAGACCAUUGCCAUAUUUACUUCAAAAGCCUUUUGAAGAAUGGGAGAGCAGAGGACCUUGCAGUGGAAUUCAGGAAGUCUAUGUCCUUCCCAGCCUCUGGUACAGGGCUAGAUCCUGGAGUCCAUGUCUUCAUUUGUUGGGGCCUCUAUCUCAUUUGUUCAGUGAGAGGAUGGGCACCAUUAUCUCUGAGGUCUUUUGCACCUUGGAUUUUAUGAGUGAUUGUAGAGUCUAUUGUGAUUACAUAGUGAUAAUCUAUGACAUUAUUUUUUAGCUAUUUUUAUGCUAUGUGUGAAUCUUGGGUGAUACUAAUCAUAUAAAGUCAGAGUUCUCUUGUGUAUUAUUUUUGGAAGAGGAUGGUAUGUGAGUCUUUUAUAUCCAUUCUGCACUUUGUUCUUAAAGGAAAUCAGUGUCUUUUACAUUGUUGUGAUCACUCCCACAUGGACCAGUGAUGGAUGCUCAAGUUCAAGAAUCUGAACACACUCGAAUGUCUGUGGGGUGACUCUCCUGUGCUUUAUCUUUUAUCAUUAAGUGCCUUUGGCUGAGAGGGGCAGUUUUAAGCCCUGUUUCCCCCUCUCACUAAAACCUACAGAGAAUGUGAAAUGUCUGCUAAAUAGGGGAACUGUUCAGGUAUAGGAGAAAAAGAACCAGGGUCCAGCAUUUUGCAGUAGAGAAAUAGGAGAUCUUGUUGGCCAUGAAAUAUCAGAUGCUGUCAAUAAUGCACUAUGUCAAAUAAAGUGGUACCUGCUGAACCAA